AUGGGUGGAUCAUGUUGGGGCCACGAUGCCGCCAUGGUUGUGCAGGAGGAGUAUUCGGAGCAGCGCACGCUAGCGCCGCGGCUGACGGCGGCGUUGGAGGCCGUGAUUGGCCGCACGGAGCGCGAGGACCGCCACUUCCUCGCGCACGGCCGCUGGGACCCCUCGCCCGCCCCACCCGCCUCCCCCGCAGCCUCCGCGCUUCCAGCGCCGCCUCCCAAACCGCCUGCCGCGGCACAGCAAGGCGAGCGGCGUCUCCUCCUUCCGUGCGUGGAAGCGUCCCUCGCGCUCUUCCCUCAAGCGAAGCCCCUAUCUCCUCAGUCCGCCACCGCCGCUCACUCCGCCUUCUCCCGCCGCGCCCUUCGCCAGAUCGCACCCGGCCGCGCCGCCCCUCGCAUCCCCGCAGCAGCCGCGAGGAGCCCCCACGGCGGCAGCAGCAACAGCAGCAAGCGACACAGUGCGGCGAGGGCGAGAACGGGAGCGGCACGCGGGGGAAUGGCGAAGAGGGAGACGCGAGAACCCGAUUUUCAUGGUAGCGGCAGCAGCAGCAGCCCUGCCGUGCCUCUGCGUUCACACCACCCUCACACACUGCCUGUCCCCAUGGCGCCUGUGCGGCCCACACUGCAUCCUGCCAGCACAACAGUCCCCGCCUUGCCCGCCUUACCAUCACCGCACAGCGCACACGCCUUCCACUCUCUCCCUGCCAUGCCACUGCCCAUUCCCCAGGCGCAGCACAUGGCACCACCGGUGCCCCAAGCGCAGCACAUGGCACCACCGGUGCCCCAAGCGCAGCACAUGGCACCACCGGUGCCCCAAGCGCAGCACGUGGCACUGCCACCAGUGCUGAUGCCGCCAGUGUCUCAUCACAGCCAGACGCACGGCGCCUCCACCCAAACGGCAGCGCGCCCACAGCCCUUAAGUAGAUACAGCGCGUGCGUCAGAGAAGGUGCCGUGGUGGCGCCUGGAGCACUGCAGCCGCUCCCCCGCGCUCCCUUCCCGGCCCAGCCACUGAUCGCUGCUACCUCACCGCCACUGCCCUUGCCGCUGCACGGUGAGCCCGCAGCAGCAGGGCGAGCGCAGAGCGGAGUGAAGAGGCGGCUGCCGCAUGAUGCUGCAGCCGGGCGGCUCCACUCGCCAUCUCUCCGCCCCCCGGCUGUCACUGCACACAGUGCCUUGCCCCCUGCCGCCCACGCACCUGCCGCCCGCGCACCUGCCGCCCAUGCAAGUGCCGCCCACGCACCUGCCACCCUCACACCUGCCGCCUAUUCAACUGCUUCCCAUGCAACUGCUUCUUAUGCAACUGCUUCCCAUGCAACUGCUUCUUAUGCAACUGCUUCCCAUGCAACUGCUUCCCAUGCAACUGCUUCCCAUGCAACUGCUUCCCAUGCAACUGCUUCCCAUGCAACUGCUUCCCAUGCAACUGCCACCCAUGCACCUUCUGCCCACGCACCUUUCGUCCUGCCGCCAUCAGCCGCAGGGUCGUCUGCAUGUUCACCAGGCGAGCCCUCUCCCCGGGCAGGUGUGGAUGCCUCCGCUCUGGCCCUGCCCAUGCCUCGUGACAUGCUCUCCGCGUCGCCUCACCUAAUGCAAGCUCACCUUGAUAGGUUGCACCUGGAGCAGGCUGUAUCUGCCGCACCCGUUCCUGUCACAGGGACACUGUACGGGGGCGAAGCAGUGAGUGCAGCCGUGGGUGCAGAGCAUGCAGGCCCGCCAGGCAGCCUCAUGGACCAUGUGAUGCGCCUGCUACCCCGCUCCCACCCCCUUCAGACCCCUGCACCGAUGGCCUCACACCACAUGGCAGGGGUGCCCGCAGCAUCAGCACCUGCAGUGGGUGCAGGCGCGGCAGCGCGUGGGGUGUCAGUGGCAGGACAUACCCUAGAGGCCAUUCAACUAGCCCUGCAGCAACACUUGUCCGCCACUGCACCUGAUGCCAGCACCUUAUCUCUCUCCGCUGUCACGAAGGUGCAUGUGAGGAAUCCUCCCAUGAAUACCGGACCGCCAGGAAGGACAGUUCUUGACACUGCAGCAACUGCACCCGACCUGGCCUCCAACGUCUCCUCCUCCAUGCCUUUUUUGCGCCCGGCAUCUGGCCUGGCUGAUGACCAGCAUAUCAGUAGAUAUGCACCUGCUGGUCAGGCGCAACCCCAUAGUGGAAUGGGUUUCCAUGAUAGAGCCGCAGGUGAAACGCCUGUACCGCCUGCCACGCCAUCAGGGAGCGACAGGCGCACUGUAGCGCUGGGUGCGCUGGCGGUGCUGCCCGACGAGGUGAUCGACAACAUCAUCGGACGGCUGGGACCCAAGGAUCUCAUGGCCGCCGCUUGCGUCAGCAGGCAAGUCCCUUUCUCCGACGGUCCCCCGUCACUCCCCUUUCCUCCCCCCGCUCCGCCUCCCCAUUCCCCGUGUGUAUCGGCGCGCAGCGUGCUGUACGUGUUCUGCAUGGAGGAGCCGACGUGGCUGGCGGCGUGCUUCCGCGAGUACAAGGGCGAGGUGCUGCGCUUCGACCGCUCGUGGCGCCAGACCGUUCUCAACAAGUGCGCCGCGGGAAACGGGAGAGUGGUAGCGGGGCGAAGGGAAGGAGGGAAGGUGGGGAAUAAGAGCAGGGGUGCGCUAAGGGUCGAAUUGGGGACGGGAGGAGGGUGGGGCGUGCGGGAUGGAAUUGGGCGUAGGCUGUCGGAGGAGAAGGAAGUGGAGCGCCGAGAUCUCAAGGAACCGCUUCACUUCAAAGACUUCCAGUCCAUGUUUCUGUACCGCCGGUGGUACCGCUGCCACGUGAAGCUCGAGGCGUUCGAGGGCGACACCGGCCACGUGGAGCGGCGCGCUGGCCUCACCCCGGAGGAGUUCCGCCAAUCAUACGACGGCCGCCGCCCCGUGAUCAUGACGGACCUCACGGAGAACUGGAGGAGGGCCACGUCACAGUGGAGCAUUGACAGCCUGGCGGAGGAGCACGGUGACGUGGCGCUGAAGGUGUCGGUGGCGAAUGGACACACGGUGCGCAUGAAGAUGCGCGACUACCGUGAAUACGUGGCGGCACAGCACGAUGAGGAGCCGCUCUACAUCUUCGACCCCAAGUUCGGAGAGCAAGCACCGGCGCUAGUAUCAGACUACUCGGUGCCGCCGCACUUCAAGGAGGACGUGUUUGAGGCCAUGCCUGCCCUCAGCCGCCCCAUGUACCGCUGGCUCGUGGCGGGCCCGCAGCGCUCGGGCGCAGGGUGGCACGUGGACCCCGCGCUCACCAGCGCCUGGAACACUCUGCUCGUGGGGAGAAAGCGAUGGGCGCUCUACCCACCGGGGAAGGUGCCGCCAGGUGUCACGUUAAGAGUGGAUGAUGACUCGGGCGAUGUGGACUACGAUGGGCCCACGUCGCUCAAGUGGUGGCUGGAGGUAUACCCUCUCCUGCGCCCCGAGGACAAGCCAAUGGAAGUGAUGCAGAGACCCGGAGAAACCAUCUACGUGCCAUCGGGGUGGUGGCACAGCGUGCUCAACCUCGACCUCACCGUCGCCGUCACGCAGAACUUUGCCUCCUCCGCUAACUUCGACUGUGUGUGCCUCGACAUGGUGCCUGGGAGGCACAGAGGCGUGGCGCGCGCUGGGAGACUGGCGAUUGAGGCUGGGGAGAAGUGGGACGAGCGACUCCGGGCCAUGUAUGGGGAGGGCGAGGAGGAGGAUGAGGAUGAGAAUGAGUGGGAGGAGGUGGAGGAAGGCGAGGAGGUGGAAGGGAGUGAGGAAGGGGAAAGGGAGGGGGAGGAGGAUGGGGAGGAAGGGGAGAGCGAGGGGGAAGAGGGGGAGGAGGGGGAAGGGGGCACGUGGAACGGGAUGCAGGGGAGGCUGUCAGCGCUGGCAGCGCAGCAGUUUCUGAGCGAGGGGGGCAACGAGGGGUGGUCCAUGCCUGAGAUCCGCAUCCUGCUGCGCUCGCUCUGGCCUGCUCAGCCGCAAUUCCAGGACCGCAUUUGGAAGAACGCGUGUCUGUGCAUGGAUGCUGCCACGUGGCACAGGCGUGUGGCCACAGUGUGCCAAGCACACGGCCUGCCCGCCCCCAAGGGCCUGGACGCCCUGCCCCUCGGCUCUGGCUCCAACGCUGUGUACAUGGUGGGGCAGCACGUGGUGAAGCUGUAUCUGCCCAUGGGCUCUCAUGACGAGUCCGCCGCCACCUUCCUCGCCAAGGAGCUCGCAUUCUACCGCGAGCUACACGCGUUCCAGUCCCCCCUGCUGCCCUGCAUUCCGCCCCUCGUGGCGUCCGGCCUGCUCUUCUCAUCAGGGGUGGUGGACAAGAGCGAGGAGGAGAAUGGGGCGGCGAGGGGAGGAGGGAAGGACGGUGCAGAGGCGCAGAAGGAUGCGCAGGCGAAUGGGGUGGGGAGCUAUGGGCCGAGUGCAGACGGCGAGGGGGGAGAGGCGGGGGCAGAAGGGGCGGAAGGGGCGGAAGGGGAGAAGAGGCAGGAGGGGUACCCGUUUGAGGUGAGUGUGGCGCCACAGGAGGAGCAGCUGGUGGCAGCAGAGUGGGACGGACUGACGGAGCACCGCCCCUCCUACCCGUUCGAGGACACACAGGGGGCGGUGGCGCGAGGGCGGGGGGGGAAGAAGGGGACGAGCGAGGAGGAGGAGGGAGUGUGGCCGUACAUCAUCACGGGGCGGUGCCCCGGGUGGCAGCUGGAUGCUGUGGCUGACCUAGCAACGCCAGGGGACCGGCAGGCUCUGGCGGACUUCUUUGCGGCGUGCCUCUCCCACCUGCACUCGCUGCCGCUGCCCUCCUCGCCACUCUCCCCCGCGCCCCGCAAGGCCAAGAGCAAGAGCAAGGAGACGAAGACUGGGGCGGAGGGCGCAGCAGGGGAGGCACCAAAGGAGAACGGGAGUGCAACGGAGGGGGCGGGGAACGGGGCGGUGGAGAGUGGUGGGAAGGAGCAGGAGCAGGAGGAGGAGGUGGUGGUGAGUGAGGAGUGGCGGCCGUUUGCAGAGAUGAUGCGCGAGCACCGCAAGUACAUCAAGGAGCGGCUGGAGGACAUGGGCAGCCUCCCUCCACACCUGGUGAAGCAAGCAGCGGCAUAUCUGCCCAAGGACCCCGCACUGCUCUUCCAGGGCCUUGAGCGCCCGUCAUGGCUACACACGGACAUAAUGAGCGACAACGUGCUGCUCACUGCCGCCUCACCCGCUGCCACGCCCAUCAUCGAGUCUUUUGUGGCACGCGGGAAGGACGGCGCGGGGAAGAGCCAGGGCGCGAAGCCGGGCGCAGAAGGGGAGGGUGGAGAGAAGGAGGUGGCAGGUGACGGGGAGCGCGUGCUGCAGCCGUCUUCCAUCAUCGACUUCGGCACCCUCAUUCUCGGUGACCCCCUGUACGACCUGGUGAUGCUGCAUGUGAGCGCCCAGCGCUGCAACAAGCCCGACCUUGCCAGGCUUCUCACCACGUACAAGCCGCCACGGCCAACGCAAGGAGCAGGGCCAAACUUCACCCAGUCCUACCGUGCCAUGUGCUACACUCUGCUGAAUCAGAAUGAUGCGCUCAGUCGUGUGUUUCGCUAUCGGAAAGAGCUCUCUGAUGUGAAGACCUUGGAGGAAAUCGCAACAGCAGUGUGGGGCCAGCUGGAUGAGUUGGUUCAGUGA